GGGCCUGGGUACGAGGCUACUAUCUGCAGAGCCGUAUCAGACGGCCCUGAUCUACUGCUGGCAUUUAGAUCUAUUGAUACUAGUAAAUGAAGCUGUGUUUACACCGUCGCUUCAGAGCCACGAGCGGAAAACAUAACUGCAGAGAGCGGAUCAUAUGAUGCGUGUGAUGCAAUCUGAAAGGUGACGUCAUUUACAAGUCACAUGCUUACAGCUAGGCUGUCGAGGCUGUAUCGAGUGACAACAUCUGCGAGCGAUGUUACGUCUUUGUGUUCUUGCUUUGUUUCUUUUCUGUGCAUCUUCAAAUCCCAGUUCUAAGUUUCUCUUGCAAUCUCAGUCUCACACCCAGUCGGAACAGAACGUUCUAACAGAUCAUGAUGCACAGUCGUUGCUAUCCAAGUUGCCAACAAGCUUGCAGUUGUUGCAAGAGGGUGAUGGUCCUUGCUCAUUAAGCACAGUUGGAAACAAAACAGCUCUAAUAAGUAAGAAAGAAGGAACGAUAUUGUCGCGUACACGUGAUUGGCUUGUGUUUCUAAAUUUUUUAGUGGUAGAUGCAAGUGGGAAGCUACACAGCAACAUGUUAGAUGUAGCUAAAUCAGGGAUUUUGCAAGCACUAGGGGACUACGACGAAUGUUUGAGUCUUGGGGAAGACACUGCGCGCUAUUGUCUUUUUGAAGGACUAGAUGCAGCAAUCUACCCUAAUGACGUAAUCAAGCAUAUAAUACCACUUUUUGCUUUUCGUUGGGCUCUUUGUGUUCCUCGACAAUGCGAUGAAGUAACUCUGACAUACAAAAUUUAUGAUGCUUUGAAAAAAUAUGUCUACUUCACUCCUACGACAGUUUCCGUUUGUAAUGAAGCAGAUCAUCAUUACAGCACUUUUGCUAUCAUUGUCAUUGUCAUUCUGUGCCUACUUGCAUUUUUAGUAUUGGUGGCUACUUCCAUUGAUUAUUCAAAAUACUAUGUAGAUAGAACUAUCUGUCCACUGAAUGCACCAACAUCUGAAUCUGAUUCUGAAUCUCGAGAAGACAGUUGUCUUUUGGCAUCAGUUCAAACCAGGCAACGAAGAACAGUUUUAGGCAUAUUGUAUCAGUUGCUACAGUCUUUCUCGUUGGUUCGGAAUGUUCCCAAGUUGCUUGACACAAAAGAAACUUCAAAGAAUAUUUCUUGUCUCCACGGCAUUCGAACGCUAAGCAUGACAUGGAUUAUCUUGUCACACUGUUACUUCUUUUUCUCUAUUUAUCUGAAUGUUUCAAACAUGGGAGAUGUCUCGAAAUUAUAUAAAGAGUUUGCAUUUCAGCCUAUUGGCAAUGGCUACUCCUCUGUCGACUCGUUCUUUUUUCUCAGUGGUUUGUUGGUGAUGUAUCUUACUAUUCGACAAAUGGAGGUGACAUCUGGAUACUUUGUGUGGAUAAAAUAUUACUUACAUCGUAUCUGGCGUCUUACUCCAACAUAUGUAGUUGCGCUACUAAUUUUCUGGCAGUUGAUGCCUGAGGUUGGUGAUGGUCCACUGUGGAUGUCUUCAUAUGACAACAAGCAAUGUGAUGACUAUUGGUGGACAAAUUUGCUCUACAUCAACAACUUCCAUCCACACUACCAAGACAAUUGUAUGGGAUGGACAUGGUUUUUGGCAGCCGAUACACAGAUGUAUGCUCUGAGUCCACUGUUGAUUGUUCCAGCUUACUACUUCGGUCUUUUGGGGCUAAUACCACUUGUAGUUGCAUUAGUUGGAGUACUUGUAACUAUUGCAGUUAUUGUAACCAUGAAAGGGUUUCCCGCCAAUGUUUUGUCACCUCUCAGUCAUGCAGAUCAAGGUGACUAUCUUAAUAUGGUUUAUGUCAAAUACUAUACAAGAGCAGCACCUUACAUUGUGGGAAUGGCAGUUGGUUAUUACUUGGCAAAACGAAAUUCAACAAAGGAAAAAUCAUUCAGGAUUUGGAGUGUUCUUGGUUGGAUCAUCGCCGCUUGUGUUGGUGGGGCUGUUGUUUACGGUUUAUAUGACUACAACCUUGGACAUCAUUAUUCACAAGCGACUAGCACCUUGUAUUUGACAUUUUCUUCUUGCAUGUGGGGAGUGUGCAUGGCCUGGAUUGUGUACGCUUGUGUGACAGGAAAUGGAGGUGCUGUUGACAAUAUACUAAGUUGGAAGGGAUGGUUUCCUCUCAGUCGAUUGACAUAUUGUGCUUACCUAUUGCAUCCUGUUGUUCUAAUGGUGUACAUUGGUACUCUGAAAGAAGUAAUACACAUUGAUCACUUGCACAUGGCAUACUUCUUUGUUGGUGUGACUGGUAUUACUUAUGGUUGUGCUGCAGCUCUCUCUCUGGGUGUGGAAUAUCCGGCUGCUGCUAUGGAGAAGGUUCUCCUUGGCACAAUAGGAAUCUGAUAGACUGUUUGUACUGUACUUGAUACAUUUAUUUACGGAAUGUGUGUGCAACUAUUCCUGGUACACUCAAUUUUGGGGUAUAUAUGCACAGAGAGUAACCAGUUUCUAGAACAUUGCUGUGCUUGUUUUGGGGGUGAAUAUUGCAUGCAGUCGAGUUGGGUUAUAAAGAUAUAUGCUGUGCAAAAGUUGAAGUUGGAUUGCUUUUAGGUUAAAGGGAAAUUGUAUUGUAUGCAGUAGCUAUGUUGAUUAAUUAAUUAAGUUGAAUUAUGCGAUGGAA